AUGAUCAAGUGGAUCAGCGAGAUGGCUUCACCCCGUCAAGAUAGCGUGGAUGAUCCGCGCAAGAAACUCGGCGACACUGACGACAGCCUCAUGAUUGACCUCGUGGUUAGCGAGGUUGAGCACCAGGUGACAGAGUUCGAGACGAGCGAGGAGCGCCGAAAAUCGCAGGCGAGCACGGGCCGUCCAGAUUAUUCCUGGCUGGUCACCGACCCGAAUUUGCGCCCUAAAAAGUGGCUGACCACUGAUGAGCGCUCAAAGCUGGAAGAGGCCUGCGAGCGGAUGAAGGCUGAUGAGUGGAGCCGGUUGAUGACGAUGUGGAAGGGCCGCACCAAAGAUGUCGAGAGUCGUCAGCAGAUAUUCGACAUUUUCAUGGGAUGCGUGCAAGAGAUCCUGGCCUCUCGUCCACGUCAGCAAUCUGUCGGCGACGCUCUGCGCCGCUACCUGCGCUCGGAGUCCAGCAUGAAUUCGGUCGAAGACUCUCCCCGUUUCACAAACCCGAUCGGAUCGACGCGUUCGCUGGCCGACAUCCAUUUCCGGGACUUCAGCGACAUCGUC